GCUCCUGCUCCAGCUCCGGCCGCCGCCGGCCCCACCCGGUUCCGCCCGGCUCCUGCGGCCCACUCCCGGCUCCCUCCGGCUCCGGCUCCGGCGUCGCGGCGGCGGGCAGUUGCUGUGGUGCAGAAUGGCAGACCUCAGUCUUACAGAUGCAUUAACAGAGCCAUCUCCAGAAAUUGAGGAGGAGAUAAAACGAGAUUUUAUUGCUACACUGGAAUCAGAGACCUUUGACGAUGUUGUGGGAGAAACUGUUGGAAAAACAGAGUACAUUCCUCUUCUGGAUGGUGAUGAGAACGCUGGGAAUCCGGAGUCAAAAAAGAAACCAUGCUCAGAUACUAGCCAGGUUGAAGGGACUUCAUCUGCUAAACCUAAAGGGCUAGCCAAUGGUGAUCAUGGAAUUGAAGGGAAUGAUAAUGCAGGAUUUCCAUCUAAAUUCCUGGGAGAGGAAAUGGCCUACGAGGGCUAUCAGAACAACCAGAGCUGGCCAGAAAAUAGAAAUUUUUCCUUUGAAUCUGAACAAGUGGUGGAUCCUGUUGAAACUGAUCCCUUUAAGGCACACCAUGACGAUAGCAUGGCUGAUUUUCUCUUUCUUCCAAGUGGAACAACCAGUGUUGCAGCAUUUUCAGAACAAAGUGAUUCCCUGAAAGACAGUUACGGUUUGUUUGCUCCUGCACCUGUUGGAACUCCGGGAUGGCCCAUGGAGGCACCAAACUCUCCUUUCUCAGAACCUGUCAUUUGUCCAGAGGUCAUUACACAACCUCUUCAGCCCACUGCAGUACCUGCUGAUGAGGUAGAGAUGGCAUCAGCAGAGAAGACACCACCAGAAGCACUGGACAUAAUGGGAUUGAAGACACCAACAGCAGAGAUGGCUCCAGCCAAGGAUAUGGCACUAACUAAAGAAGCUGAGGUGACAUUGACUAAAGACAUGGAAUCACCUACUGAAUCAAAUGUGGCACCGACCAUGGACACGGACUCAUCUGUUGAAUGUAAUAUGGCUCUUGUCAAGGACAUGGUACUGACCAAAGAAUCCGAAGAAUCUGCUAUUCAGGAUGUACUAUUGCCCACAGAAAUAAAUGUGUCUUCAGCCAAGGACAUUUUACUGCCCACAGAAACAGAGGUAGUGCCAGCCAAGGAUAAAACACAACUCAAAGAAACAGAGAGGACGCCACCUAUAAAUAUGGACUUGACCCCAUCUGAGGCCAUCGUACCACCCACAAACAGUGAUAUGGCCCAACCUAAGGGUGAAGUAUCCCUCUCAGAAAUAGAGGUGGCACCGGCUAAGGACAUUAUUUCGUCUGCUGAAAUGUCCUUAACAGGGGAGGUAACCUUAUCCUCGGAUUCAGAAGUUGCCAAUAUCAGUCAGAUGGCACUGCCCCCAGAAACAAAAGAAACCCCUGUGAAGGAUGUAGCCUCAUCUCCAGAGAUGACUCUGGACAAAGAUGUAUUCACAUCCCAAGAAAUAGGUCUGGAGAAGGAUGUGUUACCACUCCAAGUAACAGGGAUGGCUCUGGGCCAAGAUGUGGCUUCACCCCAAGUAACAGAGAUGGCUCUGGGCCAGGAUGUGGCUCUAUCUCAAGCAACAGAGUUGGCUCUGGGCCAGGAUAUGCUUCCACCCCAAGAAACGGUGAGGGUUAUGGACAAAGAUGUGUCUCGGCCUUCAAAACCAGAAAUGGUCCUGGCUAAGGAUGUGGCUCUACCACCCUUAGAAACAGAAGUGGCACCAGUUCUCAUUAAGGACACAGAAAUUACACGAUCACAGGAAGAAAUCCCUGAGGAUUCUCAGUUAGACUCUCUCCAGGACAAGGGACAGUCUGUUGCACCUACUUCCAUGAGCUCACCAGAAUCAGGCACAGCCCUGAGCCAAAAGUGCAACUUGCCAACAGAUGAUGAUUCCGUGUUAGAAAAAGUAGAGCAAGAGCAACAAUUGAACAGUCAACCUUCUGAACUUCCUGCAGAGACUUUAGCCAACUUCAUGUAUUGCGGUACCCUUCCCAAACAAGCCAAGCGAAUGUACAGACCCAGUGGCCGCAGUUCUGCCCGGCCCAGGCCUGCCAGGGUUGUUCCUGAGCAGCUGGGCGGCUCUUCUCCACAGAAGACUCUUGAGCUUGGGCUGGGUGCCAGUUCUUUGCCUGAGUUGAGUUGGGUCUCAGGUUCAUCUUCCUGGGGUGAUCCUGGAAGCCAAAGGAAAACUACUCAUGUUGAAUCCCAGAGGGACCUUGGCAGGGAGCCCUGGGAGAUUGAAAGCACAUCAAUGAUGACGAAGAAGAAAAAGAAGAAACCAAAGCAAAAGAGAGAUCCUCAGCCCUGGGCUGGAGGACUGUGUAACGAGGACAAUGCUGACAAACCUAAAGGUCCUCCCUUUUCACCAGACUCACAGAAAUCAGGUGUUCUUCCCAAGGAGUCUUCUAUAGUGAGCGUAGAGUAUGGAAUGGCAUCCAGAGAAAAUGUGGAAAAGGAAUGUUUGGUUGACUCUAAAGCAGCCAAACUAGUAACUGGGAACUUGGUUUCAGAAAAGUUAGCCAUUCCUUUGUGUUCUUUGGAAGAACCCCCCAAAAUUGCUAAUAAUUCUCAGCCAAAUCAGAAAGAAGAUGCAGAGGACAAAGGUAACAAGUCAGUAACACAGAACAAAGACAAAAGACUGCAGCAGGAUGACUGCAAACCACAGCCUGCACCCCACCUGAGAACUCUAGAUAAAAGCCAGACAACAGGAUCUCUUCAUCUGAAAAGACCCCAGACUGAAGUUCUUGCCCACAAAGAAAGUCCUGUGGUGGUCACACUCAAAGAGGAUUGUUCUCCUGUCUUGGAAAAAGGAGCUAUGAGUGGAAUUUCAAAACCCACAGCAGCAGAAUUAACUAAUUUCACACCCACACUGACAGCCAGUGAUUGUUUAGAAGGUAAUCUAAAUGCAGGGAUUGGUGAAACUGAAAUGUCUAAAGUGCAGAAUAACAAACAAAAAGGCCCUUCUAAAGAGACUAAAGAAGUUAGAGAACUUAAAAAGGAAACUUUUCUGAAACAAAAUCAAGAAAUUGGCUUCCUUGCGUCUGAGCAGCCGCAAGACAAGAUGAUAGUUCAGGGGCCUGGGCCAGGGAAUGACACAUUUAAGAGAAUGGCAGGUGAUGGCAAGAGCAAAAAGGGGAGAGGAAGCUCUGGGAAAGUCAAAGCAAGUUCUGGAAAGGGGAGGAUAAGAUCUGAGUUGCCAUUACUUCAGGAGAGCCAGAAGGAUGAUGACAGGGUUGUUUUUAUGCCAAGUGAACCAAUCCCUAAAAGUGAAAGAAUGGUUCCUGGGAAUAGAAGUGAGGAGCUUGGACUGGAGUUUUCAAAGCAACCAGAGGUCAGAGGUGACCUUGUUGAGGCAGGGUUGAUGGAGCUGAAGGAGACAUCUGACACUCGUGUUGCAGACACCUUGCAGGCAUUGAUUCCUUUGGGAAGUAGUUCAGGGUUGACUCAAAUUUCUAGCGCUAAAGCAAAAGGAGAAACAGUAAGCAGAGAUAUGGAUGUCAGUAACCAGAAUACGGAAGGAAAGUGUCCUUGGAUGGAUCAUGAAGCGGUGCCCUCGAUUUCUGAAAAACCUAGAAAAAGAGGCAGUGAAAAUAAAAGCAAAAAGUUUAAAAAUAACUCUUCCACACAUUCUGCUCAGCAGGACAACAAGGAGCAAAUCCUCAACUCGCCUUCUAUAGGGAAGGAUGGAAGUACUGGUGGUAUUCCCCAUCAAAACACGAAGUUAGGAUUCACUUUCCCCAUAAAUCAUGAUCCUUUGCUGUCACAUGUAUUAGAAACACCCACCGUAGAAGUAGUUAAGCAAAAGGAUAGAAAUGUCAAGGUUAAUUCUCUUGAGCUUGAGGCUCAUGGCGGGGACAAAACACACAUAGUCGAGGAUUUUGCCUUUACUAAACCAGCUACCAAGGUGACAGUUAUGAGCUGCCAAGAACAGCUUCAGGAGAUGGGGCAUGUUCCUUCAGCACUGUCUGAGGACAAUAAGACAGAUAAAUCCUCUGAACACACUGCAUUAGCUGACAAACCAAAUAAUAGGAAUAAUGAUGGGAAAAGUAAAAAGGUUAAAAAUAGUUUUCCUGAGAAGCAAAUUCUGGACAGCAAGGCAGAAACAACAGAAAUACAUGUUCCCAUGGAAACUCCAGGGGACUGCAGAAUUGAAGGAAUUGGCUACAUGGAUGAAAAUAGUAAUAUUACAUUCACCUGCCCUAAAACACCACCAGGGUUAAUAAAUAAGCCCACUCCUGGAGAGGUUCUGGAGACAGCAGCCUGUGGAAAACUGCCAUCUCUCACAUCUCAAGUAGUAAAGGAAAGUGAUUCUUUUCCAGAUACCUUGACUGAAAUUGGGCAAGGGACAGCUCCUACCCAGAUUUCUGAAUUAUCAGUGGCAGAUAAUUGUAGCAAAGACAGAGUCUCAGGUGAAGUUAAACCCAAGGCUUCUUUUGAGGUUAUACCCUCUACAAACAUAGGAGUUGCUGCCUUAACUUCAACAGCGACUGUAGAAUCCGUUAACAGCCUCAGAGAUAACAGUUCAAGUAGUAAAGUUAAACUUGCCGAGCCCAUAAAAAAUGAAACAGAGAUAGAUGGGGAACACGUAAGAGGAAAAAUUAAGUCAAUAUGCAGUGGUGUGUGUAAGCUGUCUGUAGAGAAAAAUACAGAGCCAACAAAGGGGCAUUUUGUUUCUGGAGUUCUAGUUGAAGACCAAAGUCUACUGGGUGAGGUCAGAGUCUUAGAAACUUGCUCAGAUCUGAAUAAUUUUCCAGCAUGUUCAACAAAGGAAAUGAAAGAGUCUAAGAAAGAGUCUGUCUUGGGAGACAAAGCACAAAUCCCUAAUUUUUGUGAGGACCAAAAUGCUGACAAUCAAGAUUCCAAGAGCCUAGAUAAGAAGGUAGAUGAGACUAUAUCACACCUCAAAAGAGAAAAGGCUGAAAUGGAAGAAAUUAGUACAAUUACAGAAUUAAAACAGUCACAAUCAACAACUCCAGAACUCCAGUCUGGUUUCUUAGAUAGCGAAGUUGAAACUACUUUGGGAAAUGUAGAUCAGAUAGCAGUGACUGCUUCUAAGUCUCCUGAAGAGCCCAGAAAUGAGAUCUUGGAAAUACCUGCAAAAGUCAUGGGACAGGCUGAGCCAAAGACAGGUGGAGAAGGGAAGAAGGGCGAUAAAAGUAGAAUGGCAGAACCAAUGAAAGGCUAUAUGAGACCUACCAAAUCCCGAGGACUUGCUCCAGUCUUACCGAAAACCACAGUCCUGGAACGCGAGAGAUCCAAACAGCUGAAGUCCAGUGGGAUAGCUAAGCCAGAAGAAGGACAGUCUGCUCUAACGGUCACCGGAAAUGACAUCACCACCCCUCCAAACAAGGAGCUCCCACCUAGCCCAGAGAAGAAAACAAAGCCUUUGGCCUCCACUCCACCUGCAAAGACUCCACCAACGAAGGCCAAAACACAGCCCACUUCUCUCCCUAAGCAACCGGCUCCCACCUUGGGUGGGUCGAAUAAAAAACCCAUGAGCCUUGCUUCAGGCUCAGUACCAGCUGCCCCACCCAAACGCCCUGCUGCCACCACUACCAGGUCUUCAAUCUUACCUUCAAAAGAAAUGAAGCCCAAGCCUGCUGCAGAAGUAAAGGUGCCUGAGAAGCGGACAUCACCGUCCAAGCCGGCCUCUGUCCAGACCUUCAGGUCUGGCACCAAGAAUACCCAGACUAUUCCAAAAGCCACUCUUGCCUCAACUGGGCCAACUAGUCGGAGCUCCCCCACUCCUGCGCCCAAGAAGCUCACUACUGUCAAGACUGAGAGCAAACCUGCAGAUGUCAAGAAGAUGGUUCCAAAGUCAGCCCCAGCUGACCUGAGUCGCUCCAAGAGCAUCAAUUCUCUGAAGAAAAAUCCUCCUGUUUCUGGGGCAGCCCCUGCAGCAGGGGUGGCUCCCAGAGUCAAGUCUGUACCCAUGUCUUCCCGCUCCUCCACGGCACCUCCCACAGAAAAGAAGCCCACAGCGACAAAGACCAGCCCCUCAACCCCCAGGCCAAGCCGCCUGGCUACAAAUACUUCUGCCCCUGAUCUGAAGAAUGUUCGCUCAAAAAUUGGCUCCACAGAAAACAUCAAGCAUCAGCCUGGUGGAGGCCGGGCCAAAAUAGAGAAAAAAACAGAGCCCGCUGCCACAGCUCGAAAGCCUGAAACUAAUGCAGUCACUAAAACAGCUGGCCCAGUUGCGAAUACACAGAAACCGCCGGCUGGGAAAGUCCAGAUAGUGUCUAAGAAGGUGAACUACAGUCACAUUCAGUCCAAGUGUGGUUCCAAGGACAACAUUAAGCAUGUUCCUGGAGGUGGUAAUGUUCAGAUUCAGAACAAGAAGGUGGACAUCUCUAAGGUCUCCUCCAAGUGUGGGUCCAAGGCCAACAUCAAGCACAAGCCUGGUGGAGGAGAUGUCAAGAUUGAAAGUCAGAAGUUGAACUUCAAGGAGAAGGCCCAAGCGAAGGUGGGAUCCCUCGAUAACAUGGGCCACCUGCCGGCAGGAGGCGCUGUAAAGACUGAGGGCGGUGGCAGCAAGACCCCUCCGUGUCCGGGCCCCCCUGCUGGGGAGGUGCCGGCCUCCCCUGAGGCAGCGCCUGAAGCUGGCACCCCCACUUCAGCCUCUGGUCUCAGUGGCCACACCACCCUUUCAGGGGGUGGUGACCAAAGGGAGGCCCAGACCUUGGACACCCAGAUCCAGGAGACAAGCAUCUAACGAUGACAUUCUGGUCUCGUCUUCCGUCCCAUGUCCCCCUCUUGUGUCCCUUGUUGCCCUUCCCCUUCCCUCCUCCCGUGUCACUGCAGAUUGAGACGUACAGGCUGACGUUCCGGGCAAACGCCAGGGCUCGCACCGACCACGGGGCCGACAUUGUCUCCCGUCCCCCCCACUUCCCUGGCGGCCUCAGCUCAGGCUCCCGGGCCCUCGGCUCCUUCCCCAGGGCUG